GUCCCAUGUACACACACACUCACACUCACAUGCAUGCUGCUCACUCUCUCUCUUUCUUUCUCUGUCUUUGCCUCCUUCCCCAUGUCAUCUUCAUUUCCUCCUUACAUGAGCUUGCUUGAAAAGCAAAAUUAGUGAUAGUUUACAGCAGGCGAGCCGACGCAAGAGGUGAGAGAAGGACAGAAAUCUGUACUUGGUGCAGCUGGAGAAUUGUUUCUGAGGGGUGUUCCAAAGAAGCUUCAGAGCUGUGAAAACCGCCCCGUACUCCUGGAUGGUUGACUGAGCUGUGGCAGGAGCAUCUGGCGCACAUUUAAAUCCAAGUAUUCCUUCCUCACUACAUCAGGCCCUUUAAACUUUUAGCUGUAAGGAGGGGGAGUGCGAUCUGGUGGGAUGGCAGAGGGCAGUGUGGUUUCAUGUCCCCAGGUGUUUGUUGUAGACACACAGGCCAACUAUGUUUCCGUGCCCAGUGGAAAGAAACCGAGGUGGGCGAGAGUGGGCCAAAAGUGUCUUCUUCUGCUGGUGGGACUUACCAUGUUGGGACUUGUUGUGGAGGGAUAUUUAAUCUACCAUCUGUACAAAAAAACUGAGGCAUUUUCCCUUUGUAUGUCUCAUUCUCUCUGCCAGAACCUGUCAAAUCCAAAAACAUCUGGCCAGCAGGAUGGCACCAGACUGAUGGGUCUAGUGGGACCUAAAGAGACAAAUGAGAUUCCCACACAUCUGGAACAGGUCUACCAGAGGCCCUUUGCUCAACUGAUAGGCUCUGGGAGUCCUGCAGGGGUGAACAACGUGGUGCAGUGGCAACAUAAAGAUGGCGAGGCCAGCACCUCUAACAUGGGCUACAACAACGGGCGGUUGUUGGUCAAGAGGGCAGGUCAUUACUACCUCUACUCCAAAGUGACAAUAAAUGCUGCAGAGGAGUGUUCACUUAUCCAGCACAAGGUCAUGAAAGACACCAAAGCCUAUGAUGAGCCAAUAGAACUUAUGAAAUCAAAAAGCUCCCGCUGCCGGAACCCAAAACCUUCAAGUGCAAAGCCGUCUUCAGAUGGGGAAGAUCUGUGGAACAGUUUCCUUGCUGGGAUCUUCAGCCUAGAGACUGGAGAUGAAAUUUUUGUCAUAGUGGAUAAUAUAAAUAAGAUGCGUCCAGGAACUACUGACAACUUGAUGGGGGCAUUUAUGAUAUCUCCUUAGAGGCAUAUUUUUUAAAUAUCUAAUAUAUGCUAUAUAUAUAUAUAUAUAUAAUCUUAAUUAUACUUUAUUUGAUGUAUGUAUUUGAAUCCCUUAUGAAAAAGCAACAAAUGGUUGUGAUAUCAUAAAAAGUAUCUGAUAUUCAGAUUAUAUAAUCUUACUUGAUAAUUUGUUACGUGUGUUGUUGUGUGAAUAAAAUACUGUAAAAUACAAAAA